GUUGGGCUGGAUAUAAUCUCUCCGGAGUUGUUCCGCAAUCGUCGUAAGGAGUAGACAUUGCAGCUGAGGAUCCGAAUCCAUACGCAGUCUUAGAAUAAUCGGUUCAUAACUCGCAAAAAACGCGUGUUCGUGAAGUCUCUUGUACCACGGACAUCGCUGAGUUCUUUCCGUCUGAUUACGCAAACCCAGUGCGCAAGCUGCGUGAAGAUCUGUACACGCUUACUGCCCAUCAGCGCAUCGUGAUAACUCGGCUCCGUCAGUUAAUCCCUGAAGCCAACGACACCGACGCACGUAACAGCUUGCAUUACGUAACGGAACUGGCUCUCGACAAGAACGAAUUCAUCGAAGGACUAAUCACUGGCCAAAUCGACUGUCAAGUCCACAGAUACCGCGGAAUUCGCAAAAAGAAGGCCGAAGAACGUAAAAGGAAGAAGAAGGAAGAGAGCGAGAAACCGAAGAAGAAGUCCAAAAGGGAGAAAAAAAAGAGAUCAAAACAAAUAGCAAAAAACGUAGUCUAGAAAAUGGAACAAAUUCUUCAAACCUUGCUCCAACAAAUCGAACGCCAAGAGCGCAUAAUAGAAGCAGUCGCGCAGACACAAAACAUGCAAGUCCAAGCCCUUCAAGCAGCUAAUGAACGCGCUGCUCGAACACAAGAAGUCAAAGUAGAAGGCCUUACAAUGCCCAAGUAUCACGGAAGAAUGGACGAAAGCAUAAGUCUCUACAUUCAUCAAGUCAACACGUUUUUCAAGGCCAAGAACCUGAAUCCCCAACAAGACCCUGCAACUCAAGAACGUUGCAUUGCACUCAUCGAAGAUCGCCCGAAACAUUAA